AUGUACAAAUUGCUGGUCAAUACUUCAAUGUCGCUGGGGAAUCAGCGUACACCAAACCGUUCGAACACCGUCACCGACCACUACAGUACUUCAACUGCCACCAGCUUGGACACCGAGCGUACGGGUGCAAGAGUAGCCAGGUGUGCGGACGAUGCGCAAGGGAAGGUCAUCACCACCGAGACUGCCAGGCAGCAGACCCGAAGUGCGUACUAUGCGGUGGCCCACACGAGUCCUCCAGCAGGUUCUGCCGAAGGAACCAAACAUAAGAAGGAUAGACAGCGCAAUCAUGUCGGCGCCAACGAGGCACGCAAACUGGACGAAAAUGCUACCGACGACUCUACACGACAGGAGGUGGGCAGCUGGAGCGAUACUCUGGAUCAACACGAAAUUGAUGUGACUCAGGUCCCCGUCCGCAAUCCCAACGUGACGGCGGCCCUGGCUAGCCACAGUACCGACUACCUGUACAUUGGCGACUUCAACCUUCACGAUCAGGUGUGGGGCGGAGACGGCGUGUUCCCGGCCCGGCAAGGCGAAGCAGACCACCUGAUCGACAUGAUGAACGAGCUCGGGCUCAUGAGCCUACUUCCGAGGGGGAUGAAGACGUGGCAACGUGACGGGCACGAGAGGACAACUGACCUGGUGCUGGCAUCAGAAGGGCUAGCAAACGAUACAAUUGCGUGUGGGACCCACCCGACGGAGCAUGGUUCAGACCACAGGGCCAUCGAAACGAUAUUUGGCACCCGCAUGCCUUUGAAGAAUGCGGAGAACAGGCUGCUCCUGAGAAACCAACGAACCGACCGGAUCAUGAGUGCGGUUGUAGAAGCAGUGCAUGCGCUGACACCAAGAGCCAAGCCGUCAACAUACGCCAAACGGUGGUGGACUAUGGACCUGACAAAGCUUCGGAAGACCUACACCUACUGGAGGAACCAGGCGCGGUCCCGCAGGCGACCUGGCCGAACUGACUCAGGCGUGGAACAUCAAGCGAGAGCGGCGGGCAAAACAUACCACACAGCAAUACGGAAGCAGAAGAAGACGCACUGGCACGAGUUUCUGGAGGAGAAUGCCAACAUCUGGCAGGCGGCACGGUAUCUGGACCCGGACGAACACUCGGCAUUCGACAAGAUCCCAUCAUUGAAGAGGGCAGACGGCACGACGACAGGCAGUAUACAGGAGCAGGCAUUGGAGCUGAUCCGGACGUUCUUCCGACCAUUGCGGCCGAGAUCGACGACGAAGGCGCGAGAGCACAGCGGGCGCCUGUAG